AUGGUGAAAGCCGGUGACGCGAACGGAGUUGUGGGGUGGUCUACCAGGUUCGCUUCUCGAGGUCGGACGGGAUGUGGCCUCAAACCGCGAUUGAGCGCGAGAACAGGACGACGGCAAGGAAAGACGUCGAUGAAUGGAGCUUUCACCAGAAACAAUGGUGGAGAGAUUUUUUUUUUCUUAAUGUCGCCGAGAGCUUCUUAUCUGAUAAGCAUCAUCAUCUGCUCGGUCGAGUCCCGCUACAAUAGCUACUGCUCGAAUAUCGCCAGGACAUACCUUAUCGACUCGGAUGUUGUGCAGAGCAAGGCGUACAAAGUCCUUCUUUGGGCCCAUGAGGCUACUAUUCUUGCGGUGAGGCCAGGGAAAAAAGCCCGUGUGGUCUACGAGGCUGCUCUCUCUGUGGUGAAAAUCGAUGACCCCGAUUUUCUCCCUAACCUGAAAAAAUCUACCGGGACAAGCAUCAGUCUUGAGUUUCGUGAGUCUGGGCUGAGUCUUGAUGCGGAAAAUGAGAAAAAUUUCUCGACGCUGCUCCCCGAUACGGUUCUCGUGACGGACGGCGGACGUGAUGUUGCCACGACAGCCAGCUCGAAAUUGUUUAAGGACGUCGCAUACUCCUUCAAUGAAGAGGACGAUGUAGAUGAGCCGCUGAGAAAGAAACCAAAGUCUGAUAGCAAUGCUGAAGAAAAAGAAUUCAUGUCCUCCAAAGCAACCCUCAGAUCCAACAAUGGUGAGUUGUCCAAGGAGGAGCUCCGGAAGCAGCACCAGGCAAAACUUGCCCGCCGAAAAAACGAAGAGACUGCCCGGCGCCUUACCAGAGUUGAGUUGGGCAACGUCGACCAGAAAAAUGAGUCCAUCCUGAUUCCCAUCUAUGGCUGCAUGGUCCCUUUCCACGUGUCCAAUGUGAAAACCGCCACAAGCCAGCAAGACACAAACCGGAGCUGUUACGUGCGUAUCGUAUUUAAUCUGCCAGGACCCACCCAUCAGAGGGCCGUUUACCUGAAGGAGGUCGCUUUCUGGUCCAAGGACUCUAACGAGGUGGUUAAGCUGAUAAAGACUCUCAGGCGCGACGUGAUGGCUCGGGAGACCGAGGAACACAAUUUUUAG